AUGCAGGCGCUCCCGCACGAGAGCCUUGCCAAUAUGAUGCUCGGCGUCAUCAUUGCGGUGCUCAUCGUCACGACUGUGUUUGUUGGGCUGCGGAUCUACGUGAGGGCGCGGGUUAUCAAGCAAUGGGGUGCCGAUGACACGAUGGUUACGCUUUCGUUUGCUACGGUGGCCUUUCAUGGGGUCAUGCUAUGUAUGGGUACGAGAUUCGGACUCGGAAAGCAUGUGUGGAUGACGCAACCGCAGACAAUCGAGAAAGCUCAAAAGCUCGCCAUGUUCAUCAUCAUGAUCUACAACAUUGCCUUCGUCACCAUCAAGAUCGCCUUCCUUCUCCAAUACCGGCGAAGCUUUCCCCUUCCAAUGGUCGAAAUGCUGUGUAACGGAGGCAUUGCGUUCCUCGUGUUAUUUGGCGUAUCCCUGAUGAUCUCGGCGGGCGUCACAUACAGCAUCAUACUCAAACGCGAUGUGGCGGAUUCGUCCGUUAGUGUAUUGGGAUGGUGGCUUGCCAAUGCGGCGAUACAUUUGCUCACGAACAUCUUCAUCUUUGUUCUGCCGUUACCGCUACUCGGAAGGCUGAGACUUCGGCGAGGGCAGAAGCUUGCUCUCGCCAUCGGCUUUGCUUUGGGGUUAUUAACAUGUGCUGUAUCCGUAAUUCGGACCGCAUAUCUUCCGGGGUCUUUUGACAUGGUCGACAUGACGUACGACGGAAUUUCCAUGAUCCUCUGGUCCGUCGUGGAACUAUCGUGCGCGGUCAUUUGCUGCUGCAUCCCGACCCUCCGACCGGUCGUAGGACGACGACGACAAGAUCUCAGCGGCGACUAUGACGACGCUACCAUUUUUGGCGGAGGAGGCGUUUGCAGAGAAGACAUGAGUUUCGGCGAGGGCCCGCAACGCGUUCGACCGGGAGGAAUCGGACUCAACAACGAGAGGAUAUCUUCAUCCAUAAGCUGCGCCUCAGAAACUGGCAUGAGGAAGCCCGGCCCGACCUUUUUCUGGCUACGUUCGCGGAAACAGAGCGACCACUCGAGCAUCAACGGACUCGACGACAUUGAGCCGAUGCCACCCGCAAUGCCUAUGAUGGCGGCGACGGCAGCAGCGAUGCCUGUGGUGGAGGUGAAUGGGAUCCGAAGGGAGAGCGAGCACGGCAUCAUCGUCGUCGAGAGUGAGCGCGUCGACGGGGUGAACCGCGAGCGAGGAAUCCCGCGACGGGCGAGCGUGAGGAGCAGUCUGCGGAGUGACAACAGUCUUGGGGUGGCGCUGCGUAGAGAUUUGAGUGUGAGGAGGCAGAUGAGCAUAGCGAUGACGGAACGGGAUUCGGAUGAUGAUGUGUACUAUUUUGGUGUUAAUGAGGAGGAUGUGGACUUGGAGUGUCCGACGCCGCUGAGUCCGCCGCCAAAAUGUCGAAAGUCGACCAGUUCUUGA